AUGGUCGAGAGAUCCCCUCAGCCGUACUCGCAGUUGCUGCUGAUUACCGUAAUCCUUUCUCGCAGAUUCGCCACCACAUCUAUUGCGUAUGGACAUCGUGUUCGUUCAGAUGACGAUGACGAGCGUGUGUGGGCAGGGGUGCGCGGGUGCGGGCGCGCGGGCGGGGAUACGGGCAGGAGCGGGAGCGGGGGCGAGAGCGAGAGCGAGAGCGGAGCAAGUCGAAGUAGAUCGCGCGAUGUCGCAGGAGCUCGCACGACGCCGAGGGUACUCACACGACGUCGAGUGUAG